AUUGGGAAGUUUAGCUUUUUGUGGAUAUGCAAAACACAAAUAUUUGUGACCGAACCAACGAAUUUUUAUCUGCUGCACAGAGCUAUCAACAAAGAGAAGGAGUAAAAAGUCAGGUAAGUUGUGAGUUUCUGUGUUCAGAUAGAGCAGCUGAUUGUCUGCAGACCAAGAGAACAAACCCACAGGUCAAGUCGGCUUUUACAAAACAAGCAAUAGAUGUUGCUCAAGGAAUUGAGUCUAUUUCCAAGAAUUUGGAAAAACUUACCCAACUUUGUCAGAAAAGUAGUUUAUUUGACGACUCUUCGUUGGAAAUUCAGCAACUGACGUUUGUAGUGAAACAACAACUGCACGAACUGAACAAGCAGUUGGAAGAGUUGGAACUUAUUCAUCGACAACAGCGAAAUGCAUCUCAUAAACAAAUUGUUUCACACGGAGAAUCUGUAGUGGAUACUUUAAAGACAGAUUUGAUGAACACCACCCAAGAGUUUAAGAAAGUUUUACAGUUGCGCACAAGUAUGUUACAAAAGCAACAACAAAGACGUCAACAGUUUGUAGCUUCGGAUAGUCCUAUUGAAGUCACUCCCGAAAGAGAUUUUCAAAGAGCAACGAACGGUAACUCGGUAGUCGUUGAUUUGGGAAGUGGCUCUUUAGGCCAAGCUAAUAAUAAUGACACUGUGCAAAAGGUUGGGAGUCAUGAAACGAAUAAUCAAGCUUUGAUGUUGCAAAGCUUUCAAUUGGAUAAUGAUUACCGGAGAGAAAGAGCAGCCGCAGCGCAACAAAUAGAAAGCACUAUUGUUGAGUUGGGUCAAAUAUUUCAACAGUUAGCUACGAUGGUAUCCGAACAGGGAGAGUUGGUUGAAAGAAUCGAUAGUAAUGUACAGGAUACUUUGUUUCAAGUGGAACAAGGACAAAGUCAAUUGUUGCGAUAUUAUCAUAGAAUAUCGAGCAAUCGUUGGUUGAUUGUGAAAGUUUUUGCCAUUAUGUUGUUAUUUUUGUUUCUUUGGGUUGUCAUUUUGUAAAUUGUCUUUUUGUGGUAAAUGCUUGCUCAACGACUUGAACAAGAACAAAAGAAACUAGCAAAGUUGCCU